GCUUGCUGCCACCACUGUCCACUGUCCUCAGGCGGCGUGGGAUAUGAAGCUUCGAGCGAUUCGACAAGAGCCAUUGAAUAUGAGCAAAGGCGGGCGCGCUCAGAAGAUAGCCGACGGAAUGGAGACAUUACAACAAGAGGGAGGUGCGCUGACGAUGACCUUUCCGAAAGGGCUGGGCUGGUGCAUUGAGUCUGUAUUUGUGGUUCACAUGAAGUGUUAUCACAGCAGACAAAACAACAGUAGCCUUCUCAAGGUUAAAACUACUCGACGGCUGCGGCCCUUUUUUGAGGAUCGGAGUCAGUGGUGCAGCUCUGCGGUUGCUCAGGUCUCAGAUGUCUCUGCAGCGCCGACAGAGUGGAUCGAGGCAUCUAUCACUUCCUCUAUAUUGGAGUGCUCUCUUGAAGAGAACGUUCAAUUGGAGUUUGGCCAGGCGCCGGCGUGGUCCGUCACGAAUUUGGAGACAGCAGGGGCCUUUGAUGAUAUUUGUCGUCCAGCUUUGGGCAUGAUUGCCCGUAUGGAUCAUGUCGGCCAACGUAACAUCUAUUCGGAGAGUGCUUCCCGAGGCUCUCUGAGCACGGCGAGACAAGGAGACAAUGCCGAGCGGGAGGGCUAUGCGUACUGGUAGCUGGGCAACUGAACGCGGAGACGACAAAGAAAGGGGAGAGCGGGCUGGGCAUGAAUGAUUUCAUGUGGCCAAGGCAAAUUUCGCUAUAUGCUCAUUCCUGAGGAGGACUUGGUCAUGACGCGUGGUUUGUGCUUGCUCGCGAACCAGAUGGACGAACGCUGGAGGCUUGCUACGGCACAAGUAGAGAUAGAACAAUAGAAG